UUUCGUGUAUAAUCCCCUCUAUAUUAACCCUUUCCCCUCCAGUCACAUGCAGAUGCCCAGCUCGCAUCCAAUCAUUGUGCUUGUGAGCAGCAGCAGUACUUGUGAGUUUUGCACAACAAUGGUACAGAGGAUAAAGGCUGUUUGUUUCCCCCUGGUUGUUCCCGGUACUUGUGCCGGUCCUGUUUGAGGGACACCAAGGACAAAUGCCGCCGCACCCCUGUCCCCAAUAGUAGUUUCACCCCUGGAGGUGCCUGAGUCUCCGCCCCCCGCCUGUCCGGGGCAGCCCAUAGGAGAGGAAUUGGGGAGGGUUGCACUCACUCCUACAUCGGGACCUGUCACUGAAACAUUAUCGACUUUGUUGCUCACCCCUGGAGGAAAUCGCAGCGAUCCUGGAGCUUUAACCGUCUUUUGCCACAAUUGGCCCCACGAUGGCUCUGAGCUCCAAAGCUCACGCCUUCUCUGUGGAAUCACUAGUGGGCAGAUCAAUGAAGAGGAAACUACUGGAGAAUAAGGAAGAGAUGCAGCAAGCGGGGGCCCGGGACAACAGCGGAGACAAGGACACAGAGGGGACAACAGGGGCCCCAAGGCGGGAGAACACUGCCCAGAAAGCACAAACUAUUGGGGUUCCCUCUCCGGACACUGAGCCGCAAUAUGAUCACGAGCAGGAGCCAGUACAGGUGGAGCUGCAGGGCUCGGAACUAUGGCGGAGAUUCCAUGACAUUGGCACCGAGAUGAUCAUCACUAAAGCGGGAAGGAGAAUGUUCCCUUCUGUGCGGAUUAAAGUCAAAGGCCUCGACCCUUCCAAGCAAUAUUAUAUCGCCAUGGACGUCACCCCUGUGGACUCCAAAAGAUACAGGUAUGUCUAUCACAGCUCUCAGUGGAUGGUUGCAGGGAGCACAGACCAUUCCUGUAUUACCCCAAGACUGUACAUUCACCCAGAUUCACCUUGUUCUGGAGAGACCUGGAUGAGGCAAAUCAUAAACUUUGACAGGAUUAAACUCACCAACAAUGAGAUGGACGACAAAGGACAUAUUAUUUUACAGUCAAUGCACAAGUACAAGCCUCGUGUGCAUAUUAUUGUCCAGGACUCCAGAUUUGACUUGUCUCAGAUACAGUCUUUGCCGGCUGAGGGGGUUAAAACAUUCUCAUUCAAAGAAACAGAAUUCACAACAGUUACAGCUUACCAAAACCAGCAAAUAACAAAACUGAAAAUCGACAGAAAUCCCUUUGCUAAAGGAUUCAGAGAUCCUGGAAGGAACAGGGGUGUAUUGGAUGGUCUUCUAGAAACCUACCCAUGGAGACCACCUAUUACGCUGGACUUUAAAGGCUUUGGAGCUGAGACACCUGGAGGCAGCUCCGGUUCUUCACCUAUCACUUCCAGCGGGGGAGCUCCAUCACCUUUGCUGUCUCCUUCCUGCUCGCCUCCAUCAUUUCACCUGCCUACUAGUAACCAUGGACUCACCUGCUCUGAAAACUGUCUGCACAAUAUCAAUAUGCCCCUGUGCUAUAAGAUUUGCCCUACAAACAUUCUGAGACAGCGAGCUUUAUUAUUUGCCAACCAGGAUAAACUUGGAAGUCCAAGCUCACAUGUUCCAUCAGUAAUGGUGGAUGUUCCAUUGUUUUCACCCUUUGGCAUCUCCAAACCCAACAAACUUGAAACAUUUAAGGGGCCGUGUCUCCAAACCCCCUCUGCUGCCAAUCAAAUGUUGUAUGGAUUACCUACACCUGGAAGCAUUUUGCCCUCAGGUUCUAUUUCACAGGAAACACUUAAUUGCAGUUUACAUCCUCCGUACGGCUUUUAUGGGUACAACUUUCCAGUACCACCUCACUUGAUCACAGCAGCAAACCAUUUAAGAAUGACUGACAGUUUUCCAAGUUCCUUCAAAGAUGUCAGAUGCAGUAACUUUCAUUGGCAACCGUCACUUCAUCAUUGCUUGUAGUGUGACUCUUUACAACUGGACAAUACUUACAUAUAGGCAGUUAUUUAAGUUGAAACAUCAAUACCAAGGACAUUGACAAUGAUACUUUCUGGUUUAUUAGUGGAAUAAAUACUUGCACCUAUGUCUUAAAUGAUCAA